GCGCUUCCGGUUCGUUGUGCGGGAGGUUGAGAGGUGGGAGCAGUGAUUAAACAUGGCGAUGCGUAGCGAGGAGGAACACGGUGGCUGCUGCUGCCGCCGCCGCCGCCGCUGCCUCUUGCUGGCGGUCCUGCUCUCGGCUUUGAGAACCUCGCUGGCCACCACGCACUGGAUUGUCACCGAGGACGGGAAGAUCCAGCAGCAGGUGGACUCCCCUCUUAAUUUGAAGCAUCCCCAUGAUUUGGUGGUGUUUAUGAGACAAGAAGCUACAGUUGACUAUCUCAAAGAGUUGGAGAAACAUUUAGUCGCUCAAAAAAUUCAUAUAGAAGAAAAUGAAGACCGGGACACUGGUUUGGAACAAAGACAUUACAAAGAAGAUUCUGACUGUAUUAAAGCUAAAGUGCCUCUUGGGGACCUUGACCUUUAUGAUGGAACGUACAUUUCUUUGGAGAGCAAGGACAUCAGCCCUGAAGAGUAUAUUGAUGCAAAGACCCCAUCACCUCCAGACCUAGAAACACCAGAUUGUACAAAAGUAAUGGAGCUUCCAUUUAGUAUUCAUGCCUUUCAGCACUUAAGGGGUAUCCAGGAACGAAUUAACCUCACAGCACCAGUAUUAUCAAAAGAGGAUCCAAUCUUCAUCAGCUUGUCAAGAAGAUUAGGCAGAAGUAUUGAAGAAAUAGGCCAUAGAAUUAAUGCAGCCUUGCUGAAGAAUACAUCUUCUUGGGUGCUGUAUAACUUGGCUUCCUUUUACUGGAGGAUGAAAAAUGAGCCAUACCAUGUGGUAGAAUGUGUUAUCCGGGCACUACACUUUUCUCCACGACAACAUAAAGAUAUAGCAUUGAUGAAUUUGGCCAAUGUUUUACACCGGGCCCAUUUCUCAGCAGAUGCAGCCAUAUUGGUUCAUGCAGCACUUGAUGUAUCCACUGACUUCCUUACAAGCCAUUACACUCUUGGAAACAUUUAUGCUAUGUUGGGAGAAUAUAACCAUUCGGUACUGUGCUAUGAUCAGGCAUUGCUUAUAAGGCCUGGCUUUGAACAUGCAAUGAAAAGGAAGCAUGCUGUCCUGUGUCAGCAGAAGCUGGAGCAAAAAUUGGAGGCACAGCACAGAUCUCUGCAGAGGACGUUAAAUGAACUGAAGGAGUACCAGAGGCAACAUGAUAAUUAUUUGAGGCAGCAGGAAUUGUUGGAGAAGCACAAAGUCAUGCAAGAUGAACAGCUGCUGAGAAACAUAAUCCAUGAAACGCAAAUGGCUAAAGAGACUCAGCUAGGAAACCAUCAGAUUUGUCGGUGGAUUAACAAACAGCAAAUUUUAUACUGCCAGUGGGAUCGUCCUGUGCGCUACACCAGAGGAGACCUAUUUGAUACAGUUGAACAUGUACAGUUUGGUGACGAUAGUUCUACCUCUAACAUGAUGCCUGUUGAGAUGAGAUUUGCAACAAACGUGACGUGGAGCAGCCUCAAGCAUCAGUAUCCAUCACCACCAGCAAGUCGAUCUGUGCUGAACGUAUGGGGAAAGGAUCUCUCAAAUUAUAGUGAUGUGUUAUGGCCUAAAAGACUGGAUUGUAUGCGCACUUAUCCUACUCUUCCCACUGCAGCUGAUCUACCAACGUACUUUCUACCUCCGGAAUACAAAGGUUUUAGUGUCCGAUCACUUUUGAUAACUUCAGAAGACCAGGAGAGGGAUGUGACUGAUCAUCUUCCAGACUGUUCUUCAAUGACAGAUAUCCACAGUAACGAAAAACUCUAUCAGAUGGUGAAAGAAUUGGAAAACAGGUCAGAUUUGAAAUCUGGAGUACCAGACUACUAUGCCAAGCAGGCUCUUUUCUCUCAUUUAAAUAUUAUUGAGGAUCAAAUCGGAAAAGUGAUUUCGCAGGCUAUUGAAAAGCAAAUUGCUCCAAUGUGGUUACUGUUGAAUGAAGCAGGUCUUUAUUGGAGAGCAGUUGGGAACACCACCUCUGCCCUUGCCUGUUUGAAGAGAGCCCUGAAUGUGGUUCCUGAAGAUUACAUGGACAUUCCACUGGUCAACUUGGCUAACCUACUAAUUCAUAUUCAGCUGCAUCAGGAUGCUGCUGCUUUUUUGCAAAAAGCACUUACUAUUAACAGUACAGAGCCACUAACCUUCUUAAGCUUGGGAAAUGCCUACCUUGCCCUGAAGAAUGUUAGUGCCGCUCUUCAAGCUUUCAGAACAGCAUUGGACAGAACAACUAGAUGCCCUGAUUGUGAUAACAAUCUGAAGUUAAUCCGCUGUCUACAGUUCUAUCCUUUUCUAUACAACCUUACAUCUUCGAAGUGUGCAGAAAGUCAUUGUUACGGCAGUCAGAAGAAUGUAUUAACUCAUGAGCAGCAGAAGUAUUAUGCUGAUCCAGAAGGAAUAAUCAAGUCCUCAGAGGAAAGAGUCAUCAAGGAACCAUCCCAACCACCUGGAGUCACAACUGUGGAUUCUUCACCAUCUGAUGUUAAAAAAAACAACAGCACUGAUGAACAAGAAAUUUCUGAUGAAAAUCCAUCUGCUACAGCAGAAGCUUUUGAAAGUACAUGGCCCACAGAAAAAGACCUUUUAGGAGCUUUUGAAGGAGCAUUUGAAGCUAAAGGUCAUCGGGUAGAUCUACAGGGUAUUCGGGUUUUAAAGAAAAGUGUUCAGGAUGGAGUACCUGGAUCCUGUUUUGGAGAUUGUGAAGAUAAUGACGAUGAGGUUGAAUGGAUAACUGUUCAAGUUAAACGUGUUAAGAGGUCGAGGAUGGAGAGCACAGAUGCACAGGAUUACACUACUCAAAAUGGUGAAAAGAGUGAGAAUUAUUUGGUAAAUGAGGACGGUGUUAGCCAUUACCAGUCUGCAUUUGAAAUCAGUGGGCCUAAAGUACCCUCUCCAGGGCCACAAGGAAAGAGGAGAGAUUACGCUAGACUUGGAUGGCCUAGUCCUGAUGAAUGUCUGAAAAUCCGAAAAGUGCAGCUCACAACGGUUGCAAGCACAUGGCUAGCAGUUUCAACCAAAAAUAUAGAUAUUACAGAACAUAUUGACUUUGCCACAUCCCUGCAAGAACCAGCUGUGGAACCUGUUUGUAAUGGCAACCUCCAUGCCAGCAUGCACACCUUAGAUCAUUUAUAUGGAGUGGCAAGUCGACUCAGUAUACAUUAUACUGGAGAAAGGCAAUUGAAGGAGGCUUUACAAAACCUGGGCAAAGGAAAGUAUCCACCUCAACCUUUUGAGCAGGUUGGAACACGAAUAGCCAAAGAAUUAGAAAAAAAUCAAACAUCCUGGGUGAUUACAAGUAUGGCAGCAUUGUAUUGGAGGGUUAAAGGUCAAGGAAAAAAGGCUAUUGAUUGUCUACGUCAAGCACUACAUUUUGCUCCUUACCACAUGAAGGACGUACCUCUCAUAAGCUUGGCAAACAUUUUUCACAAUGCUAAACUGUGGGACGAUGCACUUGUUGUCGCUUCUAUGGCAGUGGAAAUCGCUCCACGUUUUGUUGUCAAUCACUUUACCCUGGCAAAUGUCUAUGUAGGAAUGGAAGAGUACGACAAAGCAAUGCAAUGGUAUGAGUCUACUUUGAAACUACAACCGGAAUUUGGACCAGCAAAACAUGUCCUUCGCACAAUCCAGUGUCAUUUAUUAACGAAAAAGCAGAGACGCUCUCCAUAAGGGUAAACAUUAGAUAAAAAUAUCUAAUUUCUGCUUCAGACCAUUUUAAAUUGGCACACAUCUAGUUUCAUUUGGGGUUGGGGGUGGGUUCAUUUGUGCGAAUUUAUUAGAUGGAAAAUAAAUGAGCUGUGGAACAAAGCUUAAAAAGAGUAUUAUAACUAUCACACCUUUAAUAUAAUUACUGGAAGGAAAAUAAAUUGUAUUAAAACAAUGACUGUUGUAUUGAUUGUAUAUUUCAGAUGAUAAUGUAUAAAAUGGUUCUCAGAUGUUUUUUAUGUCGGAUCAAGUCAAGAAAGUGCAGUUUUAAAUCCUUGUGGGGAAAUAAUGGGGACGUGUGCAGGUGAACAAUAAACCAUUUUUUAAUGAC